AUGUUCCGCACCGCCGUCCUCCGGUCCGUCGCUCUUGCGUCGCGGACCGCCGCUGUUCGCUCUGCCGCUGCCCACUCCCUCAGAUUAGCCGCCCCCUCUGCGGCCAAGAGCUUCGUCCCCAAGGCCUCUGCCAGCUGGGCUCUUCAAAUGCGGGGUUAUGCGUCGGGUGGUGGUCUCACAAAGCAGGAGGUCUACGAGAGAAUCAAGGAGCUUCUGUCUGGGUUUGACAAGGUCAACAACCCCGAGAACAUUACGGAAACCGCCCACUUCGCCAAUGACCUCGGGUUGGACAGCUUGGAUACCGUUGAGGUUGUGAUGGCUAUUGAGGAGGAGUUCAGCAUUGAGAUCCCCGAUAAGGAUGCCGACACCAUUCACAGUGUUGACAAGGCCGUCGAGUAUAUCACCUCCCAGCCUGAUGCUAAUUAA